CCCCGUACACUCUCUGGCUACGUGCUAUUCACUUGGGAACAUUCCUUCACGCAAGCAAAGGGGGGGGGGGUGGUGUGCAACGUGAGAGUGCUUAUAAAGGUGGCACUGGUGGGGUGGUCAAAGGCAGAUAUAUUCAAGUCUGCUUUGAAAACCCAUCUUUUUUAAGUGGCCUUCCGUCUUUAGUUUUUGGUCGGUUGCUCCUGUUUUUUUCUGCUUUUCAUGCAUUGCGCGUUGGGAUCUUAGCAUGGAGUGCACAAUUUGAAGUAUUGUUUAAACUGAGCGGAAACGGAGACAGACAGUCCACAUCCCCACUGGAGUUUCAAAUUAAGAAAACAACAGAUUUCGUUUUUUUCUCUCUAAUUUGAAAUACUCUCUCGACACACUGAGAUUGUAUUAUAUAUAUUUUGUGUCGUACGGUAUAACUAGAAAAUCAACAAAUGCAACUUUAGGUCAUUUGGCAACAACAAAACUUCAAGAAAAAGCUUGAGAAGUCUAACAAUCACUGCUGUCGCGACCAUGACCAUUGGCGCGUGUGGAACGUCGCCGGCCCUCUCAUUUGUGGGCCGCCUGGCCCGUCGCAAGGCCCUCUCGGACAGCGGCGAGGUGGAGGGCGAGGAGCAGCUGGCGCGAUGCCUCACUACGCUCGACCUGGUGGCGCUUGGCGUUGGUAGCACGCUGGGCGCCGGCGUCUACGUGCUGGCCGGCGCCGUGGCCCGCGAGGACUCUGGCCCAGCCAUCAUGCUCUCCUUCCUGGUGGCGGCGCUCGCGUCGGUGAUGGCCGGCAUGUGCUACGCCGAGUUCGGCGCGCGCGUGCCAAAGACGGGCUCGGCAUACCUCUACAGCUACGUGACGGUGGGGGAGCUGCUCGCCUUCAUCACGGGGUGGAACCUCAUCCUCGCCUAUGUCAUCGGCACAUCGAGCGUCGCGAGGGCAUGGAGCGCCACGUUUGACGGAAUGAUUGGCCGCCCGAUGAGCUCCUUCUUCCAGACGAACGCGGGCAUCAAUCUGCCGGGCCUCGCCUCCUACCCAGAUGUCUUUGCUGCCUUCAUCAUCCUCCUCCUCGCAGGCUUGCUGUCGUUUGGUGUGAAGGAGUCUGCAUGGGUGAACAAGAUCUUCACGGUGGUGAACGUGCUGGUGCUGUGCUUCGUGGUGGUGGCCGGUUUUGUGAAGGGCGACAUUCACAACUGGGCCAUCGUGCCCGAGGAGAUCACCAACAUCACCAGCUCUCACAGUUGGAAUGUGUCAGCGCCCGCGGAGCUGAGGCUGGGCGUCGGGGGUUUCCUGCCGUUUGGCGUGACGGGGAUGCUCGCGGGCGCUGCCACCUGCUUCUACGCCUUCAUCGGCUUCGACUGCAUCGCCACCACCGGCGAGGAGGUGAAGAACCCUCAGCGGGCCAUCCCCGUGGGGAUCGUCGUGUCGCUGCUCAUCUGCUUCGCGGCCUACUUCGGCGUGUCGGCCGCCCUCACGCUCAUGAUGCCCUACUAUCUGCUGGACAAGGAGAGCCCUCUGCCUGUGGCCUUCGAGUAUGUGGGCUGGGACCCCGCCAAGUACCCCGUCGCUGUGGGCUCCCUCUGCGCACUCUCCACUAGCCUCUUGGGCUCCAUGUUUCCCCUCCCGCGAAUCGUGUACGCGAUGGCUCGAGACGGCCUCAUUUUCCGGCAUUUGGCCAAACUCAGCUCCCGGAAGUCUCCUGUCGUUGCCACGAUGGCGUCUGGCAUGCUGGCUGCGGUGAUGGCCCUGCUGCUGGACCUGAAGGACCUUGUGGACAUGAUGUCCAUUGGAACCCUGCUCGCCUACUCGCUGGUGGCGGCCUGCGUGCUCAUACUCAGGUACAAGGAGGAUGAUUGUUAUCAGUCGGUGUCAGCCACAGCGGACAUGGAUGUCUACGGCGAGAAGACCAAAGAGCCUCACGGAACAGGGAUCUGCGUGCCAAGCAAGGGACGCGGCUCUGCCACAUACUGGUUGAAGUCCCUGGUCCUUCCAGAGUCACAGAUCCCCACGGCCACGUCCUCGCACAUCGUCAACAUCUGCGUCUUCAUCGUUGGACUUACGAUACUCCUACUCAGCGUCGUGCUGGCCAAUUGGCCGCAAGCGCUGAUGGAUGGACGGCCGCAGGUGGUGGCUCCCGUGGUGCUGCUCAUGGCCGUCCUUGCUACCUGCACGGUGACCAUCUGGCGGCAGCCGCAGAGCCACACCAAGAUAUCGUUCAUGGUGCCGCUGCUUCCGGUGCUGCCAGUGCUCAGCGUCUUCGUCAACAUCUACCUCAUGAUGCAACUCGACGCCGGCACGUGGGCUCGGUUCUCUGUAUGGAUGCUCAUUGGCUUCAUCAUCUACUUCUCCUACGGCGUGCGGAACAGCUCCGAGGGCCAGAAGAGGGUCACGGUCAAGAUUCAGCUCCACAACGAGUCGCAGAUAUGCCUCGGCGCUGAGGAUGGCAAGCGCGAGCCUGAGAGGGAAUCCUUCAUCAUUUAGAUUGGCACACCUCCACUCUCUAGAGCGACCCCCCCGCCGCACUCCCUCGGUGUACGCGCAAAGUGCUGUGGAAAGAAAGCUUCAGGGGUCAGCGCAGCCAUGAGCUGGUUGGAAAGUUAUGGAGGAAGGUGACAAGGAGUUUUGAUGCCAAGCAUCAGCAAUGAUUGUUCCAACUAAUUGACCUAGCAGGGGUGAUGAUAUGGCCUUGCGAUAGCACGCUUGUUGCAGAGGUUUUCGCGGUUAUAUCCCAGCAGGCCACCAUAGGGGUGCCACGGUGACGAGAUGUUGUCUACCUCGCCUGGUAUGCAGGAGGUCGUUGGUUUCGUUGAUGACUGACACCUGUAUAUUUGGAGUUUGAUUGUUCUCCC